CGGCGGCUGCGCGGCGGCGGGGAGCGCGGCGCGGCGGUUUGGAAGAUGACAAGCAGGACGGCUGUCUACUUUUCUGGCAGCCGACUCAUGGGCAAAGAAGUGUAACAGGAGUUUGAUGUUUGUGUCUGCUUCCCCAAGGUCAAGGAAUUACCUCCUUAGAAGGCAACAGUACUAUGCAUGUUAUGAAUUGUGUCUCCCUGGCCAGCGAUAAAGAAAAUGGGACUGUUGCCACUGCAGCUGGGUUCAUGAUCGGGCAGACAGCACCCCCAGCAUCUCCUCCACCUCCUCCUCCACCCCCUCCACCAUGCCUACCAUCAGGGGAAGGCUUUUCACCCUCUCCACCUCCUCCCCUGCCACCUCCACUCCCAGGGGGGCCUCCUAUUCCCCCUCCACCUCCGCCACCACCGCCAGGAUUACCCCCAACUUCUCACAUGAACGGCUACAGUACCCUGGGUAAGAAGAAGCGCAUGCGAAGUUUUUUCUGGAAAACCAUCCCAGAGGAACAAGUGCGGGGCAAGACCAACAUCUGGACCUUGGCGGCCAGGCAGCAGCAUCACUACCAGAUUGACACGAAGACCAUCGAGGAGCUCUUCGGGCAGCAGGAGGACACCACCAGGUCUUCUCUCCCCAGGAGAGGAGGAUCAUUUUAUUCCUCCUUCAGAGAUUCCCGGGAAGAGAUUACCAUCUUGGAUGCAAAACGGAGCAUGAACAUUGGGAUAUUUCUUAAGCAGUUUAAGAAGUCUCCUCAAUCCAUUGUAGAAGAUAUUCAUCAAGGAAAGAGUGAGCAUUACGGAUCAGAGACACUUCGAGAAUUUCUUAAGCUUUUGCCAGAGUCAGAGGAGGUAAAGAAGUUAAAAACGUUUAAUGGUGAUGUGUCCAAGCUGUCCCUGGCCGACUCUUUUCUUCACUACCUAAUUCAGGUGCCAAACUAUUCACUUCGAAUCGAAGCCAUGGUGCUAAAGAAGGAAUUUUUACCUUCUUGUUCUUCUCUAUACACAGAUAUAGCCAUUUUAAGAACUGCUACAAAAGAGCUCAUGUCAUGUGAGGAGCUCCAUUCAAUAUUACACUUGGUGCUCCAGGCUGGGAAUAUCAUGAAUGCUGGAGGGUAUGCCGGCAACGCAGUAGGAUUUAAACUAUCUUCUUUGCUCAAAUUGGCAGACACAAAAGCAAACAAACCUGGGAUGAAUCUUCUGCAUUUUGUCGCACAGGAAGCUCAAAAGCAAGAUGCUGUUCUUCUAAACUUUUCUGAAAAGCUGCAUCAUGUUCAAGAGGCUGCAAGAUUAUCUCUGGAUAACACCGAGGCGGAACUGCGCUCCCUCUUUGUCAGGACGAGAUCGCUUCAGGAAAAUGUCCAGCGGGAUGGGGAGCUCUGCCAGCAGAUGGAAGAUUUCCUUCAGUUUGCCAUGGAGAAGCUGUCGGAACUGGAGCACUGGAGACGGGAGCUGCAGGGAGAGUCUCAUACCCUCAUAGAUUUUUUCUGCGAAGACAAAGAAACCAUGAAGCUGGACGAAUGCUUCCAGAUAUUCAGAGACUUCUGCACCAGAUUCAACAAAGCAGUUAAGGACAACCACGACCGAGAGCUGCAUGAACAGAGGCAGCUGCAGCGGCUAAGGGAGCUGGAACAGAAGCGGCGCUCCUGGACGGCAGGAGAGCUGGGGGGCUUUGGCAGGAGCAGCAGCGAGAACGAUGUCGAGCUACUGGCCAAGAAGGGCACGGAGGACCUACCCCCUUUCCUGCAGCCCAGACCCAUCAGCCCUUCCUACCGGCCCCCCAACAUGCGCCGCUCCCGCCUGUCCCUGGGUGCGUCUGCUGACCGGGAGCUGCUGACCUUCUUGGAGAGCACCACCGACAGCUCGGAGGGGCCCAACAAGUUCAACAGCUUGCCCCGGAACAGCGCCCGGCAGCCCCGGCCCACCAUGGCCUGGAUGGGACCCAGAGAGCCAAAGGACCCCGACCCCGACUUCGCACCCAACCCUCCCGCCUCUGAAAGCCUGGAGAAAGCCCCCGGCCCACCCUCAGCCUGGCAGAGUGCCCCCCAGGCUGCAGAGCCUGCCCCCAGCGUCCCCCGAGCUCGACACGAGGGGGUCGGGGUCUUGCGGAAGAGGAACAGUGAGCCGGCGGGCUUGCGGCCCGCACCCGUCCCUGCGCUGUCGCCACUCGCUCUGGGCGUCAAGGAGCACGAGCUGGUGACCGGGCUGACCCCGUUCGACCUCCAGGGUGCCGAGGCGCCCCUGCCCACAUCCCCAUUGACGCCGAGUGACCUCAGCCCUGGGGAGCAGGCGCCCCCGGGGCGGGGCAGCGACAGCCCGACCCCCGUGGACGAGGUCCCCCAGGAGAGCCUCCACGCCGCCCCGGAGGGCGCCGGGGCCGCCGCCGAGGAGUCCGUGGGCAGCAGUGACCCGGAGAGCCAGGACCCCGGGCGCCUGUUCUACAUCUCGGACACCACCGACUGCUCGCUGACCUUGGACUGCUCGGAGGGCGCCGAGCCCAGGCCCGGAGAUGGGGAGAGGGAAGGGAGCGACUCCGUGUCCUCGGGGGCUGGGGAUCUGGGGCCCUGCCAGGCUCCUGCGCCCGCCUCCCCGAAAGCCGGGCUCGGCUGCAAGGCCGGCCCGCCCCGGGACAGAGCCCUGCGAGGGAAGGACGCCGCGGCCACGCCGAAGAGGGGCUCCCUCAAAGAGGCGUCUCCGGGGGUCCCCAAGCCCGCGGCCGCCCGGCGCAGCCAGGGGGCGGCGGCGCCCCGGGCCGUGCGGACCUUGACCUCCUGGGAGAGCGAGAGCAUGCGCAAGGUGGUCCCCAUCUCCAAGUCCAGCCGCGGGCCGGGGCCCGCCCGGGGCGCCCCCCGGGAGCCCCCCCACGGCGCAGACCCGCCCCUGGCACGCCAGAGCUCGGUGCGGGGCACGGCGGACACCUCGCCCCGGCGGCCGCCCUCGGGGAGGCCGGGGCCGGCGGGGGGCGAGGAGCCGGCGCGGGGCGGCCGGCUGCCGGGGAAGGAGGCGGCCCCGCUGCAGCGCAGGGGCUCCCUCAAGCCCAGCGCCAAGCCCCUCAGGAACAUUCCCCGGCCCAAGCCCGAGGACAGUAAGGUCUCCAGCUCCGAGAGCCCUGCGGACGAGCCCGGCGCCCCCCGGGGCCCGGCCCCCAUCCCCAGCUUCGCUCGAAAUACUGUGGCCUCCUCGUCCCGGUGCCUGAAAACCGACGUCCCGCCCGCCGCCAAAGCCCGCGCCAUCACCAGGACCGUCUCCCAGCGGCAGCUGAAGGUCAAGGGCGGCCCCGAGGACGCCGGCCCCCGGGACGGCACCCUGAGGCGUGCCAGCAGCGCCCGGGCCCCCAGAAAGUGCCCCGAAUCCCCCGAGGGGCCCGACGCCGACAGCCCGCUGAAGGCCAGGGGGGCCAGGGACAGGGCCUCCCUCCGGCUGAAGGACGCCGGGAGGGCCACGCUGGGGAGGAUCCUCCAUCCUCUGCAGAAGUGAUGCGCCACCCCCCCUGGC